AUGGAGUUGGUGUGCACUUGGACACUCGUUUUGAGCUCUUUGAUGUUGGUGGAAAUCUCGUGGACUCGACCCAUUGAGGAAGAUCAGCGUCUGACUCCUGAUGAUAUUGAGCUUGCUAAGAGUUACCUAAGAAGGUUCUAUAGUCUGAGACUCGGAGGCACAGACUACAGAGGUUCAACGCGUAAGAUCCGGUCUGCAUCAGACAUGGAGCAGAAGGUCAGGCAAAUGCAGAACUUCUUUGGCCUGAGAGAAACAGGAAUCCUGGAUUCCAACACCGUGAAUGUCAUGAAGAAGCCGAGGUGUGGUGUUCCUGAUGUGGACAACUAUAGUUUUUAUCCUUAUCACCCCAAAUGGAAGAAUCGUACCAUCUCCUACAAGAUAGCAAAGUAUACCCCAGACCUGAGUAGAGAGGAUGUGGAAAAGUCCUUUCGUUUAGCCCUGAAGAUGUGGAGCGACGCAGCUCCUCUGAAUUUCGUUAAGAUCAACCAUGGCAAAGCUGAUAUUGUCCUCACCUUUGCACACAGAGCUCAUGGAGACUUCUCUCCCUUUGAUGGACCUGGAGGAGUGCUGGCCCAUGCCUUUCAGCCUGGAGAGGGGAUGGGUGGAGAUGUACACUUUGAUGAAGAUGAAACAUGGACGACAGGGGGGCAAGGUUUCAGCCUGUUUGCUGUUGCAGCUCAUGAACUUGGUCACUCGCUUGGUUUGACUCACUCCAGAGACCCCUCUGCUGUCAUGUUCCCCAGUUACAGACAUCGGAGCAACAAACAGUACACUCUUUCUACAGAUGAUGUCCUGGGGAUUCAAAUGCUUUAUGGCAAACCCAAAAUAGAAGCUGAAAAUCAACCUAAAGUUCCAAAGAAAUGUGAUCCCACGUUUUUAUUUGAUGCGGCUAUGGUGAUCCAAAAUGAGAUUGUUUAUUUUCAGAACAGAUUCACAUGGAUGAGAACAACAAAGUUGACUUACUGGAAUCGGCUGAGGGAAGGCCACAUCAGCACAUAUUUCCCCGACAUAGGUUCUCCUGUUGAUGCUGCUUAUGACAUCCCAGCCAAAGGCGUGGCAUACCUAUUCACUGGUCAUAAGUACUGGGUGGUGCAACAGUUAAAGACACGAGGCACAGCUGGCAACAUCUCAGAGUUUGGUUUCCCGUCCAGCGUAAGGCGGGUUGAUGCUGCCGUUCAUGUUGCAGAAUAUGGGAAAACCAUGUUCUUCAUCGGACAGUUUUAUUACAGGUAUGAUGAGCAAAAGAGUCAGAUGGAUCCUGGCUUCCCUAGAUCCAUCCAGACAGACUGGCAUGGAAUCCCGAGAAACGUUGACGCUGCGUUCAAGUUGCAUGGCAGCAUCUUCCUCCUCAGCGGGUCUAAAUCCUAUCAAUAUGACUUCAGACAGAAGCGGGUGGUGAACAUAAUUGCAGGAAAUUCUUGGCUGGGAUGCUGACUUACUGGAAACCCACACUUUAUGUAGCUAAAAAAAUAAACCUAACUACACAUGUAGUUGGUAAACACAGAUUAUACUGUUACAUGACUGAACAGCAGUCUAUGAUGACCACUGUAUAAAGGCUACACUGUGUUGAG